CGAACGCAAGUCCUCUUCUCGGCAAGAUGGCGGUAGUAUUGAUGUGCGGACGCCGGGAGCUUCUGCGCCUUCUACGGCCCCAGCGUCAGUUCCACCGCGUCGCAGGGCCCUCGGAGUGGCCCCGGAAACCGCUGACCGCGGGGCUCCUCUUCCCAGCCGGCGGGUGCUGCGGGCGGCCGCACUAUGUCCUGCUCGCGGCCUCUGGCCCCCGUGGCCUCAGUACCUCUGCCAUCUCGUUCGCAGAAGCCCAGGUUCAAGUCCCUCCCGUCAUUCCUGCAACUCCCCCACCCACAGCAGUAACUGAGGUGGCUUCUGGAGAGACUGCAGAUGUAGUUCAAGCUGCUGCAGAACAGAGCUUCGCUGAACUGGGGCUGGGGUCAUACACCCCUGUGGGACUGAUCCAGAACUUACUGGAAUUUAUGCAUGUUAACCUUGGCUUACCUUGGUGGGGGGCCAUUGCUGCAUGUACAGUCCUUGCCCGCUGCCUGGUGUUUCCUCUCAUCGUGAAGGGCCAACGAGAGGCAGCCAAGAUCCACAACCACUUGCCAGAGAUCCAGAAGUUUUCCACUCGAAUCAGGGAGGCCAAGUUGGCAGGAGACCAUGCUGAGUUUUACAGGGCCUCCUCGGAGAUGACCCUUUACCAGAAAAAGCAUGAUGUUAAACUCUUUAGACCUCUCAUUCUACCUCUGACUCAGGCCCCAAUCUUCAUCUCCUUCUUCAUUGCCUUGAGAGAAAUGGCCAACCUUCCUGUGCCCAGCCUGCAGACAGGUGGCCUCUUGUGGUUCCAAGAUCUCACACUAUCUGACCCCACCUACAUGCUACCACUGGUAGUCACUGCUACAAUGUGGGGUGUGCUUGAGUUAGGUGCUGAGACUGGUAUGCAAAGUUCUGAUGUUCAGUGGAUGAGAAAUCUUAUCAGAUUGAUGCCCCUGGCAGUCCUGCCCAUAACUAUCCAUUUCCCCUCGGCCGUGUUCAUGUAUUGGCUCUCGUCCAAUAUGUUUUCCCUGGGCCAGGUGGCUUGCCUCCGGAUUCCAGCCGUACGCACUGUGCUUAAAAUCCCCCAGCGUGUUGUACACGACUCCAACAAAUUACUUCCACGGGAAGGCUUCUUCAAGAGCUUCAAAAGUGGCUGGAAGAAUGCUGAGAUGGCACAUCAGCUACGAGAGCGUGAACGACGCAUGCAGAAUCACUUGGAGCUAGCAGCCAGGGGUCCCUUACGACAGACCUUUACCCACAACCCUCUGCUACAGCCUGGAAAGAAUCACCCUCCCAACACCCCUGACAGCAGCAGCACCAAACCAAAGUCAAAGCAGCCCUGGCGCGACACACUUGGCUGAAUUCUCUUCCCAGCUCUUACUGGCAGGAACUCUGUCUCUUCAAAGACUCAGCCUCAGAACAAGAUUUGACGCUGGGUCCUUGCCCCAGACCUAGCAACUGUGGGACAUGAAAAUGUUUGUUUUCAAAGUGGAUUCCACUACAGACUCUUACAUCUAAGUGUAAGACGGCACUGGGGAGCCAAGUGAUCUUCCCAUCCAGAGUUAGUAAACUUCUGUACUACA